GUAAAUAAAACGCAUAAAAUAUACAAAGAAAAAAAAGUGAUAUAAACAAAUCAAGACCAGUGUAAAACAGAGUUUGUGAAAACCGGUUGAUUGGCGGUUUAAAAGCAAGCAAUUUAAAAAAUAUGUUCAUUUUAAAUAUGAUUUGCUACGAAACUGCUGGAUUCAUUGAUGAAAAUGUGUUGGUGUUUUCCUCAUACUGAUGCUUUUUAUUGUGUACGAUAUAUUGUGUCUGAUGUGUGCGAUCAUAGUAGUGUGUGUUUUGUUUCGUAGUGUGCUGUGCAAAAAGUGUUCGGAAUUGUUCUUGAGAAAUUUUCCUCGACAAAUUGAGCUUUGAUUUAAUAAUUGUUGGUCACCAGUCCAGCGCUAUUCGGUAAAGGAUUAAUGUGCACUGUUGGCAUGCCAGCGAUUCACAAAGCUCCUUAGAUCAACUAUUUAUUAGCCCUAGCAGUGAGAAGGAUUACAAGUUCCAGGCAGAGGAAGAUAGAGUUCAACUAGAGGACAAGGAAAAAUUGUUUAACAUGAACGGAUUAUAGCUGAAGCUGCAACUGUUAAACCCGGAUGGCAAAGGAGAUUCAGAUAGAAACAUGAAAUAAACAAAGAGCGCCCAGUUCUUGCGCGAGAUAGUUUAUAAAAUUGUUAGCAUCUUAGCGCAUCUUCUGUGAGCGCUUUCUUAUCACGACGUCAUCCUCAAAAAUGGACACAAUGACAUUUGAUGACGAGCCACCACCUGAACCGCGGGAAGGUUGGUUGCUGGUACGCGUAUUCGUACCAGAGCUGAACGUCCACAAGAGCCUUCAGUUUCCGUCGGAUAAGAUCGUAUGGGAUGUGAAGCAGCAAUGUCUUGCUUCGUUACCGAAGGAACUCAAAGAAAGCUUCAACUAUGGACUAUUCGCUCCACCAUCAAACGGCAAAGCCGGUAAAUUCCUGGAUGAAGAACGACGAUUAGGGGACUACCCGUUCAAUGGACCGGUCGGCUAUUUGGAGUUGAAAUAUAAACGUCGCGUGUACAAGAUGCUCAAUCUCGACGAACGUCAACUGAAAGCUUUGCACACUCGUGCCAAUUUGCGGCGUUUCAUCGAGUGCAUCAAUAGUGGUCAGGUGGAAAAGAUUGCCAAGAUGUGUGCCAAAGGAUUGGAUCCUAACUUUCACUGUCAGGAAACAGGUGAAACGCCCCUUACCAUUGCUACUGGCUCUAAAAAACCGAACAAGCUUUUAAUCGCACUCGUAAAUGGUGGAGCUCUUCUGGACUAUCGGACCCGUGACGGAGCCACCGCACUUCAUCGAGCUGUCGAACGUGAUAGCCUGGAAGCAGUAAGCACGCUUUUGGAAUUAGGAGCUUCACCAAACUAUCGUGAUACGAAAGGCCUCACACCUGUAUACUUGUCUGUAACACGGAAAACAGAUCCCAAAAUCAGUGAAGUACUCUUACACGAUCAUGCCACACUCGGCAUUCAGGACAGCCAAGGUUGGCAAGAAGUGCAUCAGGCUUGUCGGAACGGGUUAGUUCAUCAUUUAGAGCAUUUAUUGUUCUACGGUGCGGAUAUGGAUGGUCAAAACGCUUCCGGCAAUACGCCGCUGCAUGUUUGCGCUGUUAACAAUCAGGAGGCUUGCGCUAGAAUGCUACUCUUUCGUGGUGCCAACAGAGGCGCACUAAACUAUGCCAACCAGACACCGUACCAGGUUGCUGUUAUUGCCGGUAAUCUUGAGCUGGCUGAGAUGAUUCAAAAUUAUAAAAAUGAGGAUAUUGUCCCAUUCCGUGGACCACCACGGUACAAUCCUAGGCGUCGAUCUGGUUUAGGCUGGGGCUCGACUCUAUCUCGCAUAUAUGGCGGACCACCGUCUCCUUGCCCGUCCGAGCAUCCAUUCAGUUCCGCUAGUUCCAGCCUGUCUGAAGGUUCCAGCCACCGAAGCCAUGAAGAUGACAUCAGCAUAGUAACAGAUAAAAGUCUGGGUGACACAAGUGAUAUCAUCAGCGAUUCGUCCGGUGUUGGAACGAAUUCCGACAGCGCCGCCUGUUCGAUUGGUCACCCAAGUACAACUGUCGUUUGUAUGGAAGGCUACGAUACGGGACUUUCAGGACACAUUCAUAUACAACCAGGCGAUGUAAUAGAGGUGGUUGGUUCAACUGACUGUGGUUUACUGGAAGGUUUUGUGCGUGGUACGAAUAAGACGGGUUUCUUUCCGGCCAGUUGUGUACAAGAGGUGCAGUUCCGUCAAAAGAGUAUUAUAAACGUUUCCACCUCAACACCUCACCAUCACUAUUUGAUAAACACAAGCAGCAACGAAAUAGUCAGUCAUGAUUUACAGCAACAAUUGCAGCAGCAACAGCAACUGCCACUGCAACAACAGCCAUCCUCCCUUGAUCAACAACAGCACUCUCAACAACAACAAUACAGCAGCCAAACAGCUCCUAGGGUGAAGAAAUCAAUCAUUGGAGAACCACAGACGGUAGUGCUACAUCGUGCCAAGCGGGGCUUUGGAUUUAUUCUCCGCGGAGCUAAAGCCUCAUCUCCUCUAAUGCAACUGAAACCAUCGCCGCGAUGUCCUGCAUUGCAAUAUUUAGAUGAUGUGGAUCCAGGUGGUGUGGCGGAUAUGGCUGGUUUGAAACCGGGCGAUUUUUUGCUAGCCAUUAACAGUGAAGAUGUUACCUGCGCAUCGCAUGAACAUGUGGUCGAUUUGAUUCGCAAUUCAGGUUCGCUGGUAUCAAUGACGGUUAUAACUUUGUCACAAAACCUUAUAAAUUCUAUGAUGCUUGAGUCAUCCGAGAUUGGCAGUCAACAUUCCUCCGGAUCGGGAAUGAGUACUCCAAUAUCAUCUCGACAAUGUUCGACGUUGCCCCGGCGCAUGAAUGGUGGUCCACCGGGGAGCAAUUGCAAACAACCUGCGCCCAUGCCGCCACGCCGUGAUCCAAAGACCACACUAAGCGUAGGACGUGCACGGGCCAAAUCAAUGGUUGCCGGACUGGAGGGUGGUGGUGAAAAGGGCAUAGACGACGAUGAUUUACUGAAUGCGACCAAAUCUACUUCAGCGGAAUCGAUACACCAGGCACAGACUCAACUAUUGCAGGCGCAACAGUGUCAUUCGGCGAUUGGGACCCCCACACAGACAGGACCCGGCACGCCUAUUCAACCGCGUACAGCUAGCAUCAAAUCACGACCAACAUCUAGUCGAAUAACCGCCGCCGAGUUAGAGGAAUUAUUCCAGCGCCAGCAAGGGGCUGAUGCAAACCGCUGCUCCAUGCUCAUGUCAAGCUCGAGAUUCCAAUCGACCGGAUUUGACAGUGGUGCUGGUACACCGCCGAUUUCACCUCAGAAGGGGCCGAUCGUAUAUGCGAGCGUUGCCGAAAUGAAGCGCAAAAAGUCAUCCAAAGCAGGAACGGGUACGCUAAAGGGGCGACCGAUACCGAUACCACAAGUCGGUUCGGAUCUGAAGCGGACAUUCCACAGUACACCCGAUCUAGCUUCAAUGUCAUCGUCCAUUCAGAUUGGUGGAACAACAUCGUCAUUGCUUUAUGGAAGCAGUUCGGGAACUGGAUCACAGUUGGCAAUCAACGCUAACGGAUGGUAUAACACCGUUGGUCACAAGGGACAUCGAUCUCAGGACGAUAUGUAUAGUCUACACAUGUCCCUGCAAAGACUGAACCUUCCCCCGCCAAAUCAUCCGCCUCCACCGCCGCCAGUCGGACAAGUUGUAAAGGUGGAUGUUUCGCGGGGCUCAGAGUAUGAGUGUCUUACCGCUUUGCGAAAACACAUAGCUCAGAAAGCCAAAGUUCAAUCUCAAGUACUGGAGACUGAAGUUAUGUCUAGCUUCAAGCCCGCCUCGAAUGCAAAAUUAUAUGCUUCCCCGCAGGACAUUCGUAACGUUGGUUACCGUACAGUAAACGUGGCUGGAGCUAAUCCUUCGCCAUCGCUCACGGGUUCAACGUCGGCUGCAACAGCCGUAAACAACGGUGCCUCUUCCUGUGGUAGCAGCGGAAACAACAUAAACUCUAACGUGGAGCUCCUCAAAACGGCUUCACUCCGGCCAAACACUAGUUCGACGAUCAGCAUAAAUUCUAGUAAUGUGACUGGUAGCGUUAAUAAUGUAACAACAGUAAUGAUCACUGGCAGUGGAAGCGCAAACUCAAUAGCUAGUGGUGUAUCAUCAAAUCAGUACGCUCAACCCGGCCGUCCGGGUGCUGAAACUCAGCAGCAAGUGGCGCAACCUCAAGCACUCUAUAAAUCCCCACCUAACAAUGCACCUCCACUUCCGGAACCAGAUUAUAGUUUAAGUGAAUCCGAUCCGGAUGAAGACAACUCAGUACGUUUGGUGCGAACACAUAUGAAAACAAACGGGGAUUUGAAAGCAACGCAGAAUCCGGGAAUGGCAGCCGAAACCAGUGGCAACAGUAACACAAGUGGUAGCUCGACUGGCUCCAGCUCGAUGCCUCAUUCAUUCUCGGUGGAAGAAAUACAGAAGAUUCGCACGAAGCUAAAAUCUUCUAAAUCAUACCCGAACGAUUUCUUGCGACAACAAAAUAGUCAGCAAGCCCUUGCUGGCGUUGAUCACGGCGCAUUAGGUGGACCACACGAAGAAGGUGACAAUUCAUCAUCCGGUGUAAGCAGCGACCAGGAAGUAACGAUCACCUGUAACGAUACAAUGAAGCAUACAAAACCUUCAUUCACCAAGCAACCGACUGGUACAACUCCUCCAAAAACAAAUGCCAUCACCUCCUCUAUCCCCUUAGCCACCGUUGGAACAGCAGCAUCUGGUUUGAACGAACCGAAGAAAGUGACAUUACAGUUAGGUGCUGCAACGGACACAAAGUUAAAACAGAGCAACAGUGUUCCCGUACGAAGAAGUGAUGCAGAGGAUAAUGAUGAUGGUGAUCAAGAUGGUAACGAUAGUCCUAGCCCACCAGCGACUGGAUUUCAGCGGCAUAAUUCACUAACACGGAAACAGGCGGCUACAUUGGCAGCAAGCCGUGCAAAGGCAAAUCAACAAAAUCUACAGCAACGGCAUGCAGUUACGUUAGCGACUCUACCACCACCUAUCGAGGCCGCCGACUCUGAUGAGGCUGACUCUUGGUCACAUACUCUUCAGACUUCUGGUGGUAAUAAUGCUGCACAGUUGGUGGCAAGUGCCGGUAUGGUAGUGUUAGCGCCGCCGCCAGAGUUUAGCGAUUCAACCGUAAGCCAUAUUGCACCAUCUUCGGCAAGUUCAGGUGGUGUAAGUAUUAGUGUGCAAGGACAUCAUUCGCGUCAACACACGCAUCAGCACCAUCAGCACCAGCAUGUCCAUCAUCAUCAUCAGCAUACGGGAGGCGGAUCACUUGUGCUAGGCGGCCACAAUCCAAACUGCAAGCGAGUCCGUAUCGUUGGGGCCGUGCCGAAGGUUAAUCGCAUGAACAGUCAGUAGACAAAACGUGUAUCUGUAUGAAUUUUCCUAGUUGAAUAUCGGAAAUGUAUUUAUGCAACUGUAAAAAGCAAAACAACAUAAUUUAACUUUAGCAGUAUGAUUGCUGUGGGAACUAGCGUUUUUUUUGGGUGUUAUUAUUAAUCAAAAAUUUCUUUUAACUCAUUCCUUUUCCAUAAGCACGGACUAUUAAGGAAUGACGUUGAGAUUAGUUUUUGAUAUGCAAUAAUUUUGAAUUUACACCGGUUUAAUCAUUCAUAAACACUUUGUUUAAUUUUAAGGAAUAGCCAGGAAAAUCACUUAUGUUGCGCACGUUUUGGUUUUAAUUAUUCAUACAUUCUUUUGAUAAGAUUUUUGUGGCGAAGAAUAUACCGAAACCAACCUUUAAGCGUCAUCUUGCACUCAUUAAUUACAUUAAUUAACAAAGUCAAACGCGUGCGUCGAGACGAUGAACACAGUUGCUUGGCGAACGGAGAAAACUGACGAUCACACUGAUGUUUGAACAUAAUGCCACAUUUAAAAAUUCGAUUAUUGUAAUGGCACCCUUAGCGAGCCGUGGGUGCUUAUUUGUUUCCUGAAGCAGUAUGUUAAAUUAAAACCCUAAACAAAAACAGUCAUUUAAUUAUAAGCUUGUGAUUCAUGUCCUUAGUAGUAUGUUCUUGCGGAACGGUAAUUGAGGAACGAUUCGAGGGACAUUCAUUUUUAUAUCACAAUCCAAAGGCUUUUUGUCUCUUUGUGAUAGGAUAGAAGAAGCAAGAGAAAAUACAUACAGAUAAAUACUACAUAAAUUUGCUUUUAUCAUGUGUACAAUGUUUGACAAACUAUUUUAAAUCUCAUAUUACUUUGCACCUUGCAUUUGAAGGUUUGGUUUUGUAAACACUUCUGAAUACCAUUCAAUAAUACUGAAACAAUCAGAACUUGUUUUAAAGAAUCGUAUCUUAUAUUUUGAUUAAGACAUAGAUGAUGGUAAAAAAAUCAUUCUACACUUAAAGAGAUGAUAAGCUAGAGUAAUGCAAAUAUAAUGUAACCUAGAUUGGUCUACAGGUAAAAUGGCUGAUUUGCAGUCAACAAAACAGUAAUGUGGCAUGAUUGUAGGUAAGUUAACACACAGAAGCAAGCACCAUGUCGUGUGUUACAUUUUCGAUCGACUCUUGACAGCACGAUGUAGAUACGUAUGGUGAUCAUUUACCACAAAUAACAACAGCAAUGCAGUUUAAUGAAUAUGGAGACAAUUCACAUCGUAUAAUGACAACUCCCAGCGUAUAAUGUUUGGCAAAUAUUGUUUUGAUGUAGAAAUGCACAUGUUUCGUCGUCAAGCAUUUUGAAGCAAAUAGCAGUGCAUAAAUCAUCGCUAAUCGAUCAUUAACUCAUUGAAUGAGCCAUCCAAUCAUGAACCCACGCAAAAAAAAUAAUUGUAGUAAAUAAAAAUUGAGGGUUUGUUAUUAAAAUAUACUAACACAAAGCAUAAAAGAAGAAACUAGUAUCCGCACACCAAUAAGGCCAAAUGCAUACUGAAGCAUCUAAGCAGUAAAUUAAAGAAAUGCAUGCAGUACGGAUUAGAGAAAUAGAUGAAGUAGUACAGAGAGCAGAGCAGAUUCAUUUUGAGAUAAAAAGUUAAACGUUGAUGUACUCUGUUCUAGACGAGCUAUGAUAAAAGUGUUUUCAAACUAGGGUAAACAAAGAAGAAUCCAAUCUUUUUUAAAUCAACAAUACAUGCAUCCAUUUUAACUCGAACGAACCAAAUCGAACGUAUUUAUAACAAAACAUGGGGAGUAGUGGGAGCAUUUGUGGGUGUGUGCAUACUAAGAAAAAUUAUCAUCCAAUUUUCGAUCCGUCAUUAAAACGCAUACGCCAUUCGCUAUUUGCAUAUGUAACGAAAGCGGUUCCAACCGCAUCCCAAAAAGGCGUGACAGAAUUUAACAUUAACGCAUGAAAGGAUCUACAAAUACACAUUAACUGAAAUGGUACAUGAAAAGAAUAAUGAUUUUCCAUUUUUGUUUUCAAUUUUAAUCCGGAACCAGAUCCAGCAACAUACUUCAGACUAUGCGCUCGAAUGAAACGUAACAAGUGUAACGCAGUAGUUGAAAUAAAAUCGAAUAGCAAUAGCAACGAAAUAUUCAUAGACACAAAGUAUAAUGAUAACGAUAGGGAAAACGAAAAACGAAAGGUUUGCACUGCAAUGAAUUCCGUCGUAGUAAGUGUUUGCCAGCAUAAAUUCAUCCUAUUGAAAAAAGGCGUACCAUGAAGCAAAUUUUUUAAAGAAAUGCGUUCCUUCGCCGUAAUUCAUAUAGUAAAACAACCAUCAUAAACGUUUUGAUCCCGAUGAAUUGAAGCCGAAAAUAAAACCUUCAGGGAUCAAAUAUAUAUACAUGCGUUAAUAUUUCGGAUAGUUCCAAAGAAAUAAAAGCUGAUCAUAACCACAACCAGAAGGGCCGGUAGGGAAAUUGGCAACAUCAUCAACUCGCUCUCAGAUCCACCCAUUAGAGUUCACUAAAUAUUGCAUUGCGCGACACAUGAGUACACUCAACCCCUAUGAAAGACAACACAGCAGAGUAGAGCAAAAAACAAAACCACACGUAAACACUCAGAAAGAGAAUAUGUCAAUGAGCUGUUGCAUAUGCUCUCCACAUAAGUAUGAUAUUGAAAUAAAAAAAUAUUGAUACAUAAUA